AUGGCGGAUGAAGUGGUCGUUCUCGGUACAUAUGUUAGCAUGUUUGCGAUGAGGGUCAGAGUGGCGUUAGCUGAAAAGGGCGUCGAGUACGAGCACAGGGAGGAGAAUCUGGCGAACAAGAGCCCGAUUCUGCUCGAGAUGAACCCGGUUCACAAGAAAAUCCCGGUCCUCAUUCACAACGGGAAACCCGUUUGCGAGUCGCUCAUCAUUGUUCAGUACAUAGACGAGGUUUGGAAGGACGACAAGUCCCCUUUGUUGCCCAGUGAUCCUUACAAGAGAGCUCAAGCUAGGUUCUGGGCUGAUUUUGUUGACAAGAAGGUACCUCAAUCCAGUAGAAAGAUAUGGGCGACAAAAGGAGAAGAACAAGAAGAGGGCAAGAAAGAGUUUAUAGAGGCCCUCAAGCUAUUAGAAUCUGAGCUGGGGGACAAGCCUUACUUCGGUGGGGACAGCUUCGGUUUUGUCGAUGUGGCCUUAGUUCCUUUCUACUGUUGGUUUCAUGCAUAUGAAACCGUUGGCAACUUCAGCAUCGAGGAGCAUUGCCCCAAAUUGAUCGAAUGGGCUAAGAGGUGCAUGGAGAAAGAGAGCGUGUCCAAGUCCUUGGCCGAUCCUAACAAGAUUUACGAGUUUGUUUUGACUGCGAGGAAGAGAAUUGGCGUCGAGUAG